AUGGAAAAUGGCAAACGGAGAAACAACCAGGCAGGAAGUGACAGCCGCUGCAACAGACUGAUACGGAGUGUGGUUAGUGGAGUCAACAUGCCCAACAUCUCAGACAGUAGAGUGAAUGAAAGCAUGCCUCGGUCCCCAUCAGCAUCUCACUCCUACCAGCAGGGCCCCAUCAGGAUGACUCUAGAAAACUCUGAACUCUGGAAGUCUUUCCACAAGACCGGAACGGAGAUGAUCGUAACAAAGCAUGGAAGGAGAAUGUUUCCACACUGCUCCAUCAGUAUAUCUGGUCUCCAGCCUUCUGCAAACUAUGUGGUCAUGGUGGACAUUGUUCCUGAAGACACCUUCAAGUACAAGUGGAAGAAUCAGCAGUGGGAGGUCACAGGAAAGGCUGAGCCCCAGCCCCCAUGUCGAACAUGCAUACACCCCGACUCCCCCGCUGUUGGAAGCCAUUGGAUGAAGCAGUCGGUGUCUUUCCUGAAGAUGAAACUCACCAACAACACACUGGACCAGAAUGGCUAUAUCAUCCUUCAUUCCAUGCAUCGCUACUACCCACGGUUUCACGUGAUCCUGGCAGAGAGUCCGUACACGAUCACCUGGGGUUCUUUUCAGACCUUCUCAUUCUCAGAGACAGCAUUCACAGCUGUUACUGCUUACCAAAACCCAAAGAUUACCCAAUUGAAGAUUGACCACAAUUCAUUUGCCAAAAGGUUUAGAAAAGAAGACACCAACUCCAAACAAGACACCAACUUCCACAGUAAAAGGUGUCAGUCACAGGAAAGUCCUCCUGCACAAAGAUCCUCAAAGGAAAAGAAAACUCUUUGCAGCAGUUCUCCAGGCCUGCAGAGGAUGCCCUCCACCUCUGAGUCAGGGACGCAGCAAGCUUCACUGAAAGGGGGUCACCUCUCAGCCUGGGGGCCGGAGCAGGACUCCUCUGAGACCCUACACCCUGCGCCCCCGGAGCUGCACGAGUACGACUACAGCUGCCAAGAGCAGAUGGUGCCUGCAGCAACAGCCUACCACCCUUACAGGUGUGUGGGGUACACUAAAGCCCCUUUACUGUCCAGAGACAAAGAUCCAGCAGAGAGCAGUCUUCAGCCCCCACCUCCACCACUUUCCACAACUGACCAAAGUCCCCAGCAGCAGGCCUACUGUGAACAGGGCCACCACAGCAGCAUGGCAGACUGCAGCCAGUAUCCACUUUUCGCCUACUCCUGCUGGUGAUCUAGGGUCCUGGUCUGGUC